GUUAGUAACGAACGUUAGCGGACUUUUAGAAGCGGACGGACGUGUUUUACGAUAAGUAAAAAACUUCUGCAUCAACUGCUAACUGAACUGACCAUCAAGUCAAAGAAAUGACUGAAAGUGGAAAUAAGAUGGAUAAAUUUGCCGACCUGGAACGCCAGAUAGCUGUAUUUCUAAAGACAGAAAAGGAAUACUCAAUUGUUCUGGAAUCUUUGGAGGCCUUAGCGACCCCCGGGAAGGCAGUACCUCGGCACCCCAAGAAAGAAUUCAAUUCUCGCUGGAAAGCUAUUGAGGACGUGAAAACCAAAGCAGGUUCUAGAAAGGCCAAGUCGUCAAUUUUAGGGGAUGUGCACAGACGAGGCACAGGGCCAUACUUAAAUAAACCAAACAGGACAAUAUCUGCUGCUACUGACUUGCCAUUGACCACAGAAACCACCAGCCCUCCAAAGCCCGUCCCCAGUAAAGAGUGCCCUCCAAAACCCUCUCCCAGUAAAGAGUGCCCUUUAAAGCCUGCUCCCAGUAAAGAGUGCCCUCCAAAGCCCGCCCACAGUAAAGAGUGCCCUCGACACCUCAAGAAGGAGAUUCGUCAAAGAUGGGAGGCUGUGGAGGAUGUCACCACCAAAAGGGACUCCCUUAAGGCCAAGUCCUCUAUUCUGGGGGACGGUCACAAGAGAAGAGGGCCCUAUGCCAUAUAUUCCAGCAGGAAGACUGUGGUCACUUCUGACUUAAAAAAAGAGGCUACAAUUGAUCCCCUCAGAAGCCUCCCAAAACAGGAAGGGUCAAAGACAGACAAAAAACCACACCCUGUCCAUGUUUCUGACCAAGAGAAGUCUAACAAAAGGAAAAGACCAAGCUCCCCCGAUACAGCAAGCAAGAGGUGGAAGCCAUCAAAGGAAUUUUCCCGAUUUGAGAAGAUUGAGAAGAAGGUUAGGAGACUAACCAGGGCCCUACGAAAACUUACAUUGUAGUAUAAUGGGUAACCAAUUGUGUUACUGUGGACAUUUUAUGAUUUUUGCAUUUUUCCCCUCCGAUAUUUCAUUUUUAUGAUCUUUCUGGAAGGGACGUUAUUUCUCCACGUUCUUUUUAUUUUUCAUUUUCCGAGAUAAUACUUUUGUAUGGGGUUUUUUUUUUGGUUGUUAGUUGCUUGUUUGGUGCAUUAAUUUUAUUUCGUUUUUGUUGAUCGAUUGCAUUUAUUAAAAUUGCUGCAUCUUUAUUUUUUGGUGAAAAUAUUCUUUGAAUUGUAUUUAUUAAAGUGUUUGGCAUCUUUAUGUUUUGGUUUAUUUUAUUAUUUUUUUUAGUUUAUGUACAUUGUAUUUUUUUUUCGAGGCGACAUAGGCAUUUUUUAAAUUUUCCUCCCAA